AUGUCCAAGUGUUGUUUUAGUGGAGCCCUUCACGAGGGAGAAUCAAUUGGUGAAAUUCAAGAACUGUUUGGCCUGAGAACUUACGUCACAGGUUCGAGCUCGAACGAGAAUAUCAUUGUUAUCUUGUCAGAUAUAUUCGGAAUCAACCUUGUCAACAAUAGGCUAAUCGCAGAUCAGUUCGGAAAGGCCGGAUACAGAGUCUUCAUUCCGGAUAUUCUGUUCGACGAUGCCGUUGAAAUCAAUGCGAACGUCAACAUUCCAGAAUACAUCCAUAAACACAGACCUGAAGUCACUAGGCCAAUCGUGGAUAGCUUCAUGAAGCCCUUGAAAGAGAAACUGAACCCUAAAUUUUUGGGUGUGAUCGGCCAUUGUUUCGGCGGAAAGUAUGCAUUGGACUAUAUCAAGGCAGAUGCGCCUCUUGCUCACGCAGCUGCCAUCGCACACCCUACCCUCGUCGAGAACGAACAGUUUAAGGUUAUCGGCAAAAACCCAUUACUGAUCUCAGCCGCCCAACACGAUUCUCUUUUCACCACGGAAGCAAGGCACGAGGUUGAAAAAGUAUUGAUGGAAUCUGGUGCCGUAUUCCAGUUGGACCUCUUCGGCAGUGUCGGGCAUGGAUUCGCAGUCAGAGGAGAUAUGAGCGACCCGGACGUCAAAUACGCCAAAGAGAAGGUGCUACUGGACCUACUUCACUGGUUUGGGCGUUUCAGCACCGUUUAG